AUGAUUUACCAUUGCCCUGCUAAAAUUAAUGGCUUUAUUUCUACUCCAGGUUCCGCACUUGAUCUUCUAUUAGUAAGACCUCAGAUCGAGUCUGGAGUGACACAUGGGAAAAUCAACUUCCUAAUGUCUUGUUGCAACCAGGGCUUCACCUUUGAUGAUAUUAAUAUAUUAAGCAGAUAUCUCCUAAAAGAAAUAUUACAGCACAUAACCAGGAAGAAGCUCAUUAUUUCCAGGAUCAGCUUUAUCGGCUUUUCUUUGGGCAAUCUAAUAAUACGCUCAGCCCUGUCGAGACCUGAAUUUGAAGGCUACCGUGGAAACCUGCACACUUACCUCUCCUUCGGUGGACCACAUAUGGGCCUUCUGUACCCCAACACGUUUCUCUUUAAAACUGGCCUGUGGAUAGAGAAGCGGUUGCAUAUAGGUGUCUCCGUAUCUCAGAUGGCAUUAUCAGAUCACAAAGACCCAAGACAAAGUUUCCUCUACAAACUCAGUCAGAAAAAAGGCUUGGAGCACUUCAAGAAUGUGAUUCUCGUGAGCUCGUUACAAGAUUACGUUGUUCCCUAUCACUCCGCUCGUAUUGAAAUGUGCAAAGAUGCUGUGAAGGGAGAUGAGUUAGGUAAGGUCUCACUUUUAAACAUACGUCUACUGAACAGAGUACAUGUACCACUGAAGCAGUAGCCAGUUCUCCUCCAGCCAAGACUACAGCUCCCACAAUGCCUUGCACACUGAUGUGAUUCUUUACAGGUUUGUUUAUCACAGAUCAUGCAACAGAUUAAGGAAAGUAGGACUCUUGGCUGGAGGAGAGUUGACCCCUGCUAAAUAGUUCCAGGUAGAUAUUUUAUUAAAAAUGUUUCCUGCACAUUAAGAAGAUGCACAAGUCUUUGCUGGAUAAAUCCAAGGUCAUUGUUUUUUGGUGGGAUGGAAAGACUACUGUGUAUUUAUAUAACAAUGUAGUGCCGUUUCCUUUUCAGGAACUUUUUACAGUGAGAUGCUCCGUAACAUCCUUGAGCCUGUUCUACACAACGAGAACUGUAACUUUGUGAGAUACAA